ACCAUCUGCCAAAAAAUAGCGAAUAGAUUCGUUCCACGUGUCACAUACAUCGCUUACGUCAGUUUCGCUUCGAGAAACGAGCAAACGAUUUGUAAACGAGAAAAGAAAACGCAGGAAACUCUCGCCCAUCGCUUUCCCUUCCCCCAAACAGAGCCGAGAAAAUUUCCUCGAAGAGGAAAGCCGCGUCGAAUUGUAGAACAUUCUCGCUAGCUUCUGCAUUUUUCCACAGUAUAAGAUUCGAUCGGACAUAUUUAGGGUUCGGUGUUUUCAUGGAGGAAUCGGGAAGUGGCAGCGACGUUGUGGCUUCGCCGCUCGCGAAAUGGAGAAGCGAUUUCUCGAGGUCGUUCCAGAAUUACUUGGACAGUUCUGCUCCUCACGCCGGCCGGAGGUGGCUGGUGACUUUGGCGGCGGCUGUGAUCUACGUCUGUAGGGUUUACUACGCUCAAGGAUUUUACGUCGUCUCCUAUGGCCUCGCUACUUACAUCUUGAACCUCUUGAUCGGUUUCCUCUCUCCGAAGGUCGAUCCAGAGAUCGAGGCUUUUGAUGGCGCAUCUCCGUCGAACGCAGGUUCUGAUGAGUUCAAGCCUUUUGUUCGUCGUCUUCCUGAGUUCAUGUUCUGGUACGCAGCAACGAAGGCCUUUGUUGUUGCAUUUCUCAUGACGUUCUUCUCCCUCUUGGAUGUUCCUGUGUUCUGGCCGAUCUUGUUGUGUUACUGGCUGUUUCUGUUUAUCCUUACCACGAAGCGCCAGAUCGUGCACAUGAUCAAGUACAGAUACGUUCCCUUCAACUUUGGGAAACAGAGGCACACUGGCAAAGAUAAGUCUAGAAGCGGCAAUGCAUCGUCUGGGAAUGGAAGGACGGAUUGAUGUGAAUCUUGGACCAGGCAUUGUUC